AUGACCUCCUCCCGAGUAGCCCCUCUCGGAGUGAAGCCACCAGCCUCACCCCCAGCACCCAGCGGGUCAGCACCCCUCGAAGGGUUAGUCGUGGCUGCCGGAGGAAGCGGCGGGGAGCUCCCUAGCCCCACUGACAUCUGCCUCAAAACAAGGCCUUGGGCCGCCGGUGCGCCGGGAGAGGGAAGCGCGGGGGCCGCCUGCCCGAGCACUCCUCCCGCCCCAACCCUUUGGCUUGAGGGGGUCACCAGCGCCAUAGGAGAUGCGGCCUCCGUAGCCGCCACAGGGGAAGAGGGGAUCGAGGCCACCUGCCCCGGACCGCCUCCCCCACGCCCGGCCGCCAUCAGCAUCGUCGGCUCCACGAGAGAAGGAGAAGAAGUCGAGGCCACUUGCCCCGGACUCCCUCCCCUAGGAACAGCCUCCAAAGUGGACGCCGUCUCCCGGAUUGAGACCGCGGGGAGAGUGGGAGAGAGAGGAGCCACCUGCUCAGACUCCGCCUCCCCUCCCCCAACCGAGGUCAUCACCGAGAAACUCCUCACCAAGCCUCCGAGCAUGGGACUAUUAGCAGCAUCAACCUCCAAAGUAGGAAACAUGUGCUCAAACACAUCAUCGGACUCCACCCGGUCACUCCAGAGCCUGGGAGGGGCAGAGGCUGGCUCAAACGACCCAAACCUCAGAGAACUCAUAGGCGACGAGGAGGAUGGUGCCGUCCCGUCUCCGGGCCCGUCCCCGGGCAUCUGA